UCGCCCCUGGCACACAGCCCCGACGGCAGAGCCCUUGGCUGCGACCCCGUCCCGGGGCCUCGGGGACAGCGAGGGGGGGCUGAGAGUGGGGGGGGCAGCGCCGGGCGAAAGUCAGCGCAGACAUCUGGAAGGUUCCGUCCCGUCCAUCCCCCCAUCCUCCCCCCCCUCGCCGCCCCGACUCCUCUCCCCGCCGCCCUCCCUCUCUAUAAAUGCGGGCGGCAGAGCCCGGCGGAGCGUGGGAGCCAUGGUGGGGGUUUGGCUGCUGCUCUGGGGGGCUGUGGCGCUGAGCUGCCGGGGCGAGGUGGCCUUUCUCCGGCACGCCGAUGACAGCACCGGCCGCUGCACCUACUCCUUCACCGUGCCCAGCCCCGUCGAGAGCGGCUGCCCCGAUGCCGGCGGCGUCCCGGAGCUACGGGCCGAGCUGGCAGCCCUGACCGCCCGCCUGAGCCGGCUGGAGAGCCGGGAGCGUGGAGCGGGGGGCGAGGCGGGGAGGGGGAUCCCGCAGCCCCAAUACGCAGCCCCGGCCCCUCGCCUGGAGCCCGGCUGCGGGGAGCUGCUGCGGGCCAAUUCCCGACUGGAGGAGGAGAAGGGGAGGUUGGAACGGGAGAAUGAGGAGCUGGGGAGGCGGCUGGAGAGCAGCGCCCGGGAGAUCGCCCGGCUGCGGGCUGCCCGCUGCCCACCCGGCGGAGAGGGGCCCGGCCGCGACCCUCUGCCCGCCCCCGGUGAAGCCCCUCACUGGGACCCCCAGCCCCUCACCUACCAGGAGCUGCAGUCGGAGAGGACGGAGAUUCCCGCAUCCCGGCUGCUGGAGGAGACGGCGCUCGGCCGCCCGGGGAGCCAGAACUCGGCAGGCUGCGGGGAGCUGGUGUGGGUGGGGGACCCCAUCGUCUUCGGCCGCGCCGAGUCCAUCGCCGGCAAGUACGGGGUUUGGAUGAAGGACCCCGAGCCCCUGCCCCCCUUCACCCGGGAGACCACCUGGCGAGUGGACGCGGUGGGCACGGAGGUUCGGCAGCUCCUGCAGUACCAGGCACCCGAGCAGCUGGCCCAGGGCUACCCCAGCAAGGUUCACAUCCUCCCGCGGCCACUGGAGAGCACCGGGGCCGUCGUUUACCGGGGGGGAUUCUUCUUCCAGCCCCGCCGCUCCCGCGCCGUGGCCCGCUACGACCUGCGGGGAGAGACCCUCACGGCCCAGAGGGAGAUCCCCGGGGCUGGCUACCACGGGCAGUACCCCUACUCCUGGGGGGGCUACACGGACAUCGACCUGGCUGUGGACGAGACGGGGCUCUGGGUGAUCUACAGCACCGAGAAGGCCAGGGGGGCCAUCGUCCUCUCCAAGCUGGACCCCGAGACCCUGGAGAUCCAGCAGAGCUGGGAGACCAACAUCCGCAAGCGGGGGGUGGCCAACGCCUUCCUCAUCUGUGGCACCCUCUACACUGUCAGCAGCUACUCCUCCCCCAACGCCACCAUCAACUUCGCCUACGACACGGCCACGGGCACCAGCAGGGCCCUCAGCGUCCCCUUUGAGAAUCGGUUCCGCUACCUCAGCAUGCUGGACUACAACCCCGCCGAGCAGCAGCUCUACGCUUGGGACAGCUCCAACAUGGUCACCUACCCCAUCCGCCUCUCCCGGGACUGAGCCAGGCCUGGGCACCUCCUUUCUCAGCCCCCCUGAUCCCCACACACUGCUUUGCUCCCCAGAUCACCCCAGCACGGCCAGGAGCAGCAGACCGGGUGAUGGUGGGGGCCAUGUGCUGACCAGCUCUGCAUCCUCACUGCCACCUCCAGCAUCAUCUCCUUGUGCCUGAGGGCAGCAGAGGGAACUGAAAUGCUUUCCCAGAGCCUGGCUGAGCCGGGGGAGUGCCCCUGCCUGGCAGGUUUGGAAUGGGCCACAGCAGUACCAGCCCUGAGCUGCUCCAGCAUCCUCCAGGAGCACAGCCCAGGCACCCUGAACCCAGAGCAGAGCCUGUGGCAAAGGGCAGAGAGGACAGGCAGCAGAGAUAGGGAGAGGCUGCCCUGGAGGGUCCCACCCGAAAAUAAACACUUUCCCAAGUUGCAAGCAGCAAUCCCCUCCAUGAGGCUGGAGUUUGUGUCUCCAGGUUCUGGCUGAGCACCAGCUGCCCUGCCAGCAGCAGCUUUGGGGAGAGCCUGCUAAGAAUCCACAAACCCCACUGCAUCCCACACUGCUGGUGCCUGGGGGCAUCCUGGAGCUCAGGCAGUCCCCAAAAAAUCAUCAGGCAGGAUCCAAGGCGUUGGGGAACGUGGCUGCACAAGGCAGAAAAGCCUGGAGCACAGAGGUGAGGGCUGGCAGAGCAUCCAGUGCCCCCUUGGUGUGCCCAGUUCCCUCUUGGCCAAAUGCUUUGGGCUUUUUGGGUUGUGCUCAGCCACCAACGUGGCACCAAAGGCCUUGCUUGGCAGGCUCUGCUCCUCCAUGCCAAACCUUCCCACUUAACUAUUUAUUGUAGGAAGUCUGCAGGAGGCUUUUUCUUCUUCCUUCCCUGGCAUUAGGGACAGAGAGAGCAACAGCAGCCACAUCCCCCUGGGGUGCCCUGGCCAAAUAAAUGUUGCCCAGCACUGCUGCUGCCUUGCA